AGAACAUCCAGGGAGAAGAGAUUAGAGAUUGUUUGUGUCCCAGUGUCAUCCUCCAGAUAAAACCCAUCAAAAACUACACUUGAAGGCUCCGUGAUCCAAAGAGAGCGAGCCAUUGAUAUGGGGAUACUAACACUGCCAUUGGUAACCUCUCUUCUCAAACCCCAUAAACCCCAUUUUUCUCUUCUAUUCACCACCACUGUCCACCAUCAUCACCAUCGCCCUACUCUCUUCCACCACCUCCCUAUACGAAGCCGUUUCAGUAGAGCCACCAUCCCUCGCUGUUCUUUCACAACUUCUGCAAUUACUCAACGUGAUCAAUCUUCGGUAACGAUAGAUGAUUCGAGUUCAAAUGCGGAGGAACGGCCGAUUAAAGUCUCUAUACCAACUUUUCAACAAGCGAUUCAACGUCUCCAGGAGUACUGGGCAUCUGUUGGAUGUACUAUAAUGCAGUGCAGCAACACCGAGGUUGGAGCUGGGACUAUGAAUCCCUUGACAUUUUUAAGGGUUCUUGGUCCAGAGCCAUGGAAUGUUGCGUAUGCAGAGCCAAGUAUCCGGCCAGAUGAUAGUCGUUAUGGUGAAAACCCUAAUAGGCUUCAACGUCAUACUCAAUUCCAGGUUAUACUAAAGCCUGAUCCUGGAAAUUCGCAAGACCUCUUCAUCAGGAGUCUAUCAGCCCUAGGCAUAGAUGUCAAUGAACAUGAUAUUCGUUUUGUGGAAGACAACUGGGAAAGCCCGGUACUUGGUGCUUGGGGGUUGGGCUGGGAGAUUUGGAUGGACGGGAUGGAGAUUACACAGUUUACCUACUUCCAACAGGCUGGAAGUCUUCAGUUGAUGCCGGUAUCUGUUGAGAUCACCUAUGGUCUUGAACGCAUCCUAAUGCUACUUCAGGGAGUUGAUCAUUUCAAGAAAAUUCAAUAUGCCAACGGAAUCACUUAUGGAGAGCUCUUCUCUGAGAACGAGAAAGAAAUGAGUGCAUAUUAUCUAGAGCAUGCUAGUGUGGAUCAUAUUCAGAAACACUUCGACUUUUUUGAGGCAGAAGCACGUGCUUUGCUUGAUUUAGGCCUUGCAAUACCUGCGUAUGAUCAGCUUCUCAAGACUUCUCAUGCUUUUAAUAUCUUAGACUCUAGAGGCUUUGUUGGGGUAACAGAACGUGCUCGUUAUUUUGGCCGGAUGCGCAGUUUAGCUCGACAAUGUGCCCUGCUCUGGUCGAAUACAAGAGAGUCACUUGGAUAUCCAUUAGGCAUUGUUUCUCAAGCUAAUGACCUUGUCAUUCCCAAGGAGGUUCUAGACUCAGAAGCCACAAAGGUACAGGUGUCUAUUGAACCAAGAUUGUUUCUUCUUGAGAUCGGGACAGAAGAGUUACCACCAAAUGAUGUUGCUAGUGCAGGCCAGCAACUCAAAGAUCUAAUUGUGCAAUUACUUGGAAAGCAAAGGUUGACUCAUGGUGAAGCUCUUGUACUUGGCACCCCAAGGAGACUAGUAAUAAGUGUUGAGAACCUAUGCUCUAAGCAAGUGGCGAAUGAAGUUGAGGUUCGAGGACCUCCAGUUUCAAAAGCGUUUGAUAAUCAAGGAAAGCCAACUAAGGCAGCCGAAGGCUUUUGCCGUAAAAAUUCCGUACCAGUGGACUCAUUGUAUACAAGAACUGAAGGUAAGACAGAGUAUGUCUAUGUUCGUGUGAUGGAAUCUGCACAGCUUGCUCUGGAGGUUUUAUCAAAGGAGCUUCCUGGUGCAAUUGCUAAAGUAUCAUUUCCGAAGUCCAUGCGUUGGAACUCCGAGGUCAUCUUUAGCCGACCUAUUCGUUGGAUUUUGGCGCUCCAUGGAGAUGCAGUUGUCCCUUUUGCAUAUGCUGGUAUUCUGAGUGGUAACAUCUCUCAUGGUCUCCGGAAUACAAACUCGGCUACGGUCAUGGUCGAUAGUGCAGAGUCUUAUGCCACUGUAAUGCAACAAGCUGGAAUUUCUGUUGACACUGAGCAACGAAAGAAAACAAUUCUAGAACAAUCCAACAAUUUAGCAAAAGGUGUUGGUGGAUGUCUUGUGAUGCAGAGCAGCUUACUUGAGGAGGUUGUAAACCUUGUUGAGGCACCUGUUCCAGUGCUUGGCAAAUUUUCAGAGUCCUUCCUAGUGCUCCCGAAAGAUCUAUUAGUAAUGGUAAUGCAGAAGCAUCAGAAGUACUUUGCCUUGACAGACGAUAAGGGAACUCUGUUGCCAUAUUUCAUUGCUGUUGCAAAUGGGGCAAUCAACGAGUCGGUUGUUAAGAAAGGAAAUGAAGCUGUACUCAGAGCUCGAUAUGAAGAUGCUAAGUUCUUUUAUGAACUAGACACUAGUAAAAGGUUUUCGGAGUUCCGGGGUCAACUGAAUGGAAUUCUAUUUCAUGAGAAACUUGGAACAAUGGAGGAUAAGAUGAUACGUGUCGAGAGUACUAUUAAUGAGCUCGGCUUGGCUCUAGGGCUAAGUGAAGAUAAGAUCCAGAUUACUCGGGAAGCUGCAUCACUGGCAAUGUCAGAUCUCUCAACUGCUGUCGUUACAGAGUUCACUUCUCUAUCGGGAAUAAUGGCACGUCACUAUGCUCUUCGUGAAGGAUAUUCAGAACAGGUUUCGGAGGCGUUGUUUGAGAUCACACUUCCUCGAUUUUCUGGCGAUAUACUCCCAGAAACUGAUGCAGGAACUGUAUUAUCGAUUGCCGACAGGUUAGAUAGCUUAGUUGGUUUGUUCGGAGCUGGUUGUCAACCAAGCUCGACUAAUGACCCAUUUGGUCUACGAAGAAUCUCUUAUGGUCUUGUCCAAGUCUUGGUGGAAAAAGAUAGAAACUUGGAUUUACGACAUGCCUUGGAAGUCGCAGCUUCUGUUCAAUCCUUAAAAAUAGACACGGUAACAAUAGAUGAGGUUCAUCAAUUUGUGACACGAAGACUCGAGCAAUUUCUGGUCGAUAAGGGAAUAAAUCCGGAAGUGGUUCGUGCGAUUUUAGUAGAGCGUGCAAAUUGGCCUGGUUUGGCUGCAAAAUCGGCUUAUAAAAUGGAAACGCUGUCACGGGGUGAGCUUUUGCCAAAAGUUGUUGAAGCAUAUUCUCGACCAACAAGAAUUGUUCGUGGAAAGGAUGUCGAUGUUGACACACAGGUGGAUGAAGCGUUGUUUGAGACAAACGAAGAGAAAGCUUUGUGGAGCGCUUUCUCAUCUAUUAGAAGCAAAAUAUAUCCAGGUAUUGAGGUGGAUGAUUUUGUCGAAACCUCUUUGCUACUAAUUCAGCCACUAGAAGAUUUCUUCACUCAUGUCUUUGUCAUGGUGGAAGAUGAAAGGAUCAGAAAGAACAGACUUGCACUACUUAGGAACAUCUCAGAGCUCCCAAGAGGAAUAGCUGAUCUCUCAGUUUUGCCUGGAUUUUGACCUUUUAUAUGAUUUCCAUUUUUUAUAACUUACCAUGGCUUCGUUAUUCGAACGCUACAAGUAGGUGAUUUACAUCGCGCCCAAAAAAUUCCGACUCGGGCUGUUCUUGUGUAGCAUUGAUGAUACACUUCAGGAUCACUUGUAGUUUGUCUAUCCAUCCAUAAUGCCUUGGUUUUUCUUGAUGUAAGGAUUAUAAUGUUUGAAGGUAUUGAAAAUGUCUGAUUUUUUG